AUGGAAACUGAUAAACUCGGCGAAUUAAAUCAAAAAAUUGCAGAAAUUAAGAAACGAAUUUUACUUGCUGAGGGACAGAAAACCGCGAAUACUGCGGAAUGGCAAAAGCAGAACCGUUUGAACAAUGAAACCAUUUCUACGAUUAAAAAGGAUAUAAAGGAACUCACAGUAAAAUGUGGACGCUUACGAAAUCCACUACAACGUUCUGUUAUUAUCAGAGAGACAAACAGUUUCGAUCAACAGAAGACAAUCGCCACACCCACAAUAGUUGUGGGUAAUGUUAAUUAUCCGAUUGGUGCCAAGUGUGCAGAUGAUGCCAUUUUUCUCACAGACCUAAAACUGACUGAACAUCGUAAACAAUUAGACUUGCUGAGACAUCGUUUUCAAAAUAGAAGACGACACUUCAAUAAACUAAUCAUAGAGUACCGAGCACUGAAGGCCAACAGAGAUGCACAAAAUCAGAAUUUAGGCGAAAAGCCACCAGAAACACUAGAAGAGGAUGCUAAUCGAAGGUUAGUUUGUAAGUUGGAAAAUGAAAUACACCGCACUAAAGUACAAUGGAUGGAAGCCGAACAUAUACGCAAAAAGUAUCGUUCCAUUCAGUCUUCACUCAAUAAUGACUCAGAACGUUUUGAGCGCAGUUUGCGUGAACUUGAAAUAAAAUUAUCCGAACAACAAACAGAAAUCAAUCAAUUGCAGCAAGUGCACAGUGAGGCUAUGGAAAUGCGUGAUUCGGCCAAAGUCAUACUGCAACGCCAAGAGCAGAACGCCAACUUAUCACAGAAGGCGCGAGAACGUCAAGCCGUAGAGUUUCGUAAACAAGUGGAACUGCGUAAAAUGGAGCUUGAACGUAUCGGUAGAAAACUCUUCUUUGAGGGUAAGACUUUGGUACACCAGGAUAGCAUUAGCUCUAGUACCGGCGAACAACUUACUGGCAAAAGUGAAAAAGAAGAAGAUCCCAAUUCACAGCUUGAAAGUGUCACAGCAAAUAUGGAAAAUUUAUUCAAGCAUUUAAUGGAGGUUACCGGUGCAACAUCGCCUACAGAAGUGUUGGCACGUUUUGAGUCACAGAAAGUAUCUGCUACACGUCUAACUUAUCUACGUAAUGCGGCUGAAGCUGAAAAAGCUGAAUUGGAGGCACAGCGAGAGAGUUUGACUAGAGAAUUGGAGGCUUCUAAAUUUACAGAAGUUAAGGAAACGGAAGUCUCUCAGGAGGUUGUAGAGAAUAUUAAGAAUAAAAUAGCGAGUUUGGAAGAGGACCAAAAGAAAAGCAAAGAAGAUAUAGAGAAAACAAUGUCAAUGCUACAGUAUAUAAAGGAUCAUUUAUGCGAAAUCAUCUAUAAAUUACAAGAAGUCGAUGAGAGUAAUAUUGUUUUAACUGAGAAAAAUGUAGACAUACCGCUCGAAAAUGUACCCAAAUAUUUGGCUGAUGAAGCGGAGGAUACUGAUUUUAUUAAUAUACUCAAAUUGAAGCUGCAAUUCUGCAAGGAGCUUGGUAAACAGCACGAAGCAGAUACUUCCGAGUCAUUGCAACUAGAAAUAGAGGAGGAUGAACUCUUAAUGCAAUCAGAACCACCAAAAUCACCUUUACUACAAGAAGGUGAAAAACCACAGCCGAUACCAAUGUGUUAUUUCAAUUUGUUGGCUGGACGAGCACAGCGCGCAGCAGGCACUGUAUCCACGUCACCGGAACAAGUGCCCGCAGCUGCUGCAGGUAAUGAUGAAGAAGCCGAAGUGCCAUCCCGCAAUUAUCUUAAACGUCAGUCUGCACUUUUAGUAGAGUCAAAAUCUAGACGUAAACCUUAUCGAUCCACACCAGCGACGAAGAGAAAAUAA